AUGCUCAAAUUGGGGGAAAACGGUUUUACCCCCAAACAAGACAUUGAAAGCCCAAAUUGGUCUCGUUUCAUCACGAUCCUCGGCCGUCUCGGACAGCUUUUCUUCAAAAUCCUUCUUACUCGUCUUGUCGGAUCUUGGCUGUUCCUGUUUGGCCUUGCCGUGUAA